AAGAAUAAAAAAAAACAAUUGAAUUUAAUUUGACAGUUCUAGUUGAUUAUGGACAGUGUUUUAAGAAACUGUUACUUGAUAUUUGAAAUUGUUUUUAUGUGUGUCUUAAAACUGGUAAAAAAAAACUUUUGAAAUUCUUAGGUCUGGGAAAGUGCAAAAGAUGUUCUGGUGUUCGAUGGAAAGAGUCACAUCCUGCUUGUAGAAUACAUUUGUACCUCAUUUAGGAUAUAAUGGAGGAUUGGAAUGAGAAACUUAUUGCAGCUGCUCAGACUGGAGAUUUAGAAGACUUAAGAUUAUGUCUACAGAAUGAUGCAGAGAUUGAUUAUCAAGGUGAUGGUGGAAUGACAGCACUAAUGUGGGCUGCCGAGGAAGGACACCUGGAGAUUACUCGAUCACUCCUAGACAGCCGGUGUAACACAGAUAUCACAGAUGAGGGUGGAUGGAUGGCAUUGAUAUGGGCUGCCAGGGAAGGACAUCUGGAGACUACUCGAUUACUCCUGGACAGCCGGUGUAACACAGAUAUCACAGAUAUAAUCAAUGGAUACACAGCUUUACAUUAUGCUGCUGAGUGGGGACAUCUACAGAUCACAAGAUGUCUGGUAGAACAAGGAGGUGCCAGUCCCUUGGUUACAACACGUCGGGGUCUGACGCCAUACGAUCUAGCAGCAAAAUAUAAAUCUCUCCAGUAUAAAGAAGUGAUGGAAUACUUACAGUCUGUCAUGUCAGAGGAAUCUUCAGGUGUGACUGCUGGUCAAGGGAUGGAAGGUGAUAUGGUUCCAACUGAAAUAAAAUUAAUGGCUGAUAAAAGAUCUAUUGAUUUGUACCUCAAAUUACUUGAGUCAGGCUCUGAGAAAAAGAAAGACAUACGUUUAGUAGUAGUUGGAAAAAAGGGUGCAGGAAAGACAUCAUUGAUUAAAAGAUUGUUCUCUGAAGAGAAUACAGAUGUAACUAGUACAAAUGGAAUAGAAAUCCACACAAUAAAAUGCAAAGCAAUGUCUGAUGAUGGCAUAUGGAAUAAAUUAGAUGGAAACAAUGAAGAAAAUGAAAUUCAUGCAAGACUUUUGAAACAAUACAAAGGAACAAUUGAAGCAUCAGUAGAAGAAGGAACACAUAAAGCUGUUAAGGAAACCACACCAUCAACAAGUUUCGAUGAAUCAGAGGAAUCAGAGACAGUAACCCAGCAGCCUAAAAAAAGAAAACUUCAAGUAACCACUGAAUCUCAAGUUGAACCUCCAGUAACCUUGCAACAACGAAAUCAAGCAUUAGAACAGGCAAAAAUGGAUAUUGAAGCCAUGCUUAAAUAUAAUGUUGAUUUACAUGACAGAGAGGAGUAUGCCACAUUAUUAUUGUGGGAUUUUGCAGGAGAUGAAGAAUUUUACCACACACAUCAAACUUUUUUAUCACAAGAUGCAAUUUAUCUUGUCGUAACAAAACUCAAUGAGGCUGACGACAAAAAAGCAAAAGAGAUGUUUCAGUUGUGGAUGAACUCAAUACAUUGCUACUGUAGUACCACUGAAGUGCUUGGAAGUAUUGAAGAGAAGAAUAAGUCUCUUUAUCCACCAGUUGUUCUUGUUGGUACACAUAAAGACAAAGUUGAGGCUUCUGAAGAAGUAAAGAUUGAGGAUGCAUGUAGAGAUUGCCUUGAUAAAUAUGUUGAAGAUGUUUCAGCUGAUGCACGAAGACACAUUAGUGAUAAGUACGAGUACUUUAUUUCAAACACAGAAGAUAAUCCUAGUGUAUUCCAGCUAAUACGACAAAAUCUCUUGAACUUAGCCAAAACAAUGAGAACGUGGAAUAAAGACUAUCCUAUUAAAUUUAUUCAGUUGGAAAAAUGUCUACGAGAGAAAAAGAAGGAGUUACCAAUUAUUUCCUUGAAUGAAAUUAAGCAAAUAUCUACUGAAACACCAAAUCCAUUAAACCAUGAAGAACUUAUGUUAUAUUUAAAUUUUCAUCAUGAACUCAGAGAUUUGGUUUAUUUUGAGGAUCUUCCAGAUUAUAUCAUUUUAGAUACUCAAUGGUUGUCUGAUGCUUUUAAAUGUAUCAUAACAGCAGAGAAAUUUCAAUCAGAUGCCAGUCGGCAUCGUAUUACGGAUGAAUGGAAUGAUUUGAAUAUUAGAGGAAUAUUACAUAGUGUGGUUUUGGACCAAAUAUUAGAAACAAAUAAGAAAAUAUUUAAAUUUGAGGAAAAGCAAAACGUGUUUCAACAUAAAGAUCAUAUACUGAAAGUCAUGGAGAAAUUUGAUAUUAUAAUACGUCCAACUAUAUCAGACAGAGAUGCCACUGAUACAAAACCUUGCUAUUACAUACCUUGCAUGGUUAAAAAAGGACCUGACUGUCCUAUAAACGAACAAUUUUAUGUGACAGAAAAAAAUUGUACAAAAUCCACUUGGUUAUGUUUCAAAUUCAAAUUUCUACCAGGACAUUUAAUGAAUCAUUUGAUCGCUUCACUGAGCCGAAAGUACGAAAUUGCAGAAGUGCCUGUCCGUGGACAAAAAAAACGGCCUAUUGCUCUUUUCAGAGGAACUGUCGUCUUUAAGUUACAGAAGACUUCAAAAUUACUUGUGAUGACAUAUCCAAAUGUUAUUCAGAUACAGGUUUGGGAUUUUGGGAAACAUGGUAACAUUGAAAGAUGUUUUUUCAAUGAAAUUGAUCAUUUUGUCACAGAAGAAAUAAACACUAUAAUAAGUAAAAGAUUCCAAAUGACGACUGUAAAAUUUGACAAAAAGUGUGAAUGUGGCCUUGCAGAACCGGACUGUGUGACAGGAUUUUAUGAGCAGGAUGCAGAUUAUUUCUGUGAGAUGUGUACAGAAACACAUACCAAUGAAUGGUCUGAUCAUGCACCGAUAAAGAAAUUGGAUAUUUAUAAGAAAGAACCAGAUCAGAAAGGACUAGUCCUGAUUGUAAACUUCAUGUUCAGUGGUGAUAAGAAGAGAAUAGGUUCUGAUAUCGAUGUUAAGAAUCUCACAGAGUUCUUCUCCAUGCUACAAUAUCAGGUAGAAUGUCGAUCAGAUAUGACAAAGAAGGAUUUACAGGAUUGUUUCAAGGGCAUUGAAAGUGAAUACCUAACAGAAAAGUCAGAGGAUUAUCAUUCCUUUAUCUGUGUAAUUAUGAGUCAUGGAAAUGAGAAAGGAUUGAAAACAAAAGAUAAAAUAAUCACUGUCAAAGAAAUAAAAGAGCAUUUCAGAGGAUUUAUAGACAAACCAAGAGUAUUUCUUAUUCAAGCCUGUCGUGGAAAAGCAGUACAAGAGAUGGCUGAUGGAUCUGAUUCCCCAAACAGCAUGCAGGAUGAAAUUCUUGAAAGAAGAAGUUGUGUACAAUCAAGAAAUCCCAAAUCAGAAGAGCAAUUAUAUACUGAUUCAGAAGACAGACCCAAAUUACCAAAAGAUGCAGACAUCAUAGUAGCACAUGCAACAACAUCAGGCUAUGCAUCAAUUCGACAUCCAACAUAUGGGUCAUAUUUGAUUAGCGCAUUCUUGUAUGUUGCUAACAAAAAGUACAAAAAGCAUGAUGUAGAGAGAAUUUUACAACAAGCGAGACGAGAAGUAACUGACAAUCCGAGAUAUAAACCAAAAUCUAAGGAGCUUAUAGGGACACGUCAAAUGAUAAUAGUAGAGUCCACAUCUAGAAAGAGGUUUUUUUUGUAAUCUCAAUAACUGUAAAUUGUAAAGAAAAUGUUAAAUUAUAUAUUACCCGUACCUCCUAUAUAUAACUAUACUAUGUUUUUUCUGAUUAAGGAUUUAUAAUUUAAAGAUCAAAUAACAAUCCAAAAUAUACAGACGGAUUUUAAAAACGCAACGCUAGAUUAUUCUGUUUUAUUCCCAUUUUCAAAUUGGCAAUUUUUGUAAAAUAAAUAAAUAAACAUAAAUCUUAUUCAUUUCCUAAUUGUCUGAAUAAAAAAGUUUGCAGUCCAAAAGAUAAACUGAUGACGUCAAUGUUAAAGUUCAAAUCAUGUGGUAUGCACUGAAACCCUGCUUUUCCCCAUUCCAAUGGAUGUGUCAUCGUCAAGGGGAUGACUGCCUGCAACCAACGCUUUAAUGAUUGUCAGAAAGGUCAACCAAUUCUGUUAGGCAUGUUUUGAGUUCUGUUUUGUACCUUCUGAUUUUGCCUCUUUCCACUGCAUUUCAGUGUGUUUUAACAAUUUAGUGGUUUAAACUUUAGUGCUUCAAAUAUAUUUCUGCAUUCGAUUCUUUGGCAUUUCAGUAUAUGGGAAACAUUUUUGGCAUAAAUCUGUCUGCCAUGGCAUCCGUCGACUUGAUUAGCAGUUGCGGCCGUUAACAUGUCUCGUAAAAUACGUUGCAUUAUUACAUGUUAUUGACGUUGUGUUGUAACUACAUAAUGAUCUGGUCAUGGAUGGUCAUCAACAAAUCCCGUCUGCCUGUACCGUUGUUGUAAGGACAGUAAAAAGAGUUUCUGACGUGAAAUUGUCACGUAUUCAUGUCUGCAAUAUUCUUAUGGCCUGAUUCAGAUUUUCAUUGCUUAGUCUCGGCAAUAUGAAGGUGCAACAUUGUUUUAAGAAUUCAAGUGGUAUGGAUUGAAAGAAUUGUUUCACGAAAAGAUUAUCCUUAAAAAAAUCAUUUAUGGGUUGCAAAUUUUUGCUUUAAGGAAUUCGUGCGACUUCAACAAUCCGGUAUGUUCAAUAACCUCAGGUAAGUCACGUAUUGAAUAUUUCUAACCAUAAAUAAGUAUGGUGAGCAUGAAUGUAAUACUAUGAGGAUCAAUCAUGAUUUGGUAAAAAAAAAUUCACCAAAAUGUGUGUUGCGUUUCUAAAGUCUGUCAGUAUAUCUGACUAUGGUAAAGAAAAAUAUGUUCAUAUCACUCCAGCAAAACUACUGAUUCGCAGCUUUAGAAUGUCUGUGUUUAAAUACUUCUUCUUUUUUUCAAUUUGAUAUUAUUCGAUAUCGACGAAACAAUAUAAAGUUGAAUAGUUUAGAUAUUAUUCAGUCCUUAUUUAUUAUAUGACGCACUGUUAUAGGGGAAUAUCUAAACAUAAAAGUAUAAUAUCAAACUCAGUGCACAUUAAAUGUUUUAGUCUUAUUAGGAAACCAGACUCAGUAUUUCUCAAGUAAUGAGGUUGAUACACAAACAUAUAGUAACAAACAUAACUCAAAUACGAGUUUAAGUUGUGAGACACUCCGUCUGUCUUUCGUCCCCUCCGUUCCUCCGUCACAAGUUUGGUUUGAUGAUAAUUAAAGUACCAAUUGACCAAAUAAUUGGAAAUUUUAAAAGAAGGUCAAGGACCCUAAAUAAAUGUCAACUUUUAUUUUUAUGAUUUUGUCACUUACCGUUUAAACUUUAUCAUUUUAAUAACUUUACUAUUUGAAUUUUCUUCUUUUUCCAUAUUAUAAUGAUAAUAGAGGCUUGAUUGAAUCUUUUGAAAUUUUACCACAAUGUCAACGAUCAUAAAAUAUAGGACAAAUUCGAUUUUGAUGUUUUGUUUUAUUAUUUAGCAUUCAAGAUUAUUGACCCAAGGUUACCUUCAAAUUUUAUGGGUUUUUUUAAUUCCCGAUUAUAAUUAAACCACCUGACCAAAUCUUUUGAAAUUUUAACACAAUGUCAUGGAUCAUACAAUAGAGGUCAAAUUCGAUUUUGACGAUUUUGAAAUUUACCAUUGUUCCCUUAGUUAUCUUAUAAAUUUUAAUAUUAUUUUUCGUUUGCAGAUGAUUAUGAAAGUAUUGUUUGACAAAUUCAUUUUGCAUACUAACACAAUGUUUUAAAAUAUAAAAUACUGAUCACAUUCAAAUUUAAUUUUGAUUUUGGCAUUAACUGUUAAAGAGUUUUCUAUCAACAAGGUUAUCCGUGAUCAAUAUAUCACCUAAUUCUAGUUUGUAUAGAAACUGUAUAUGUGUGUACCAAUAUUUCAUAUUUUAUAUGUAUUAAAAGUGUUCAUAUUUGAUCACCAAAAUGAAUGUGUUA